AUGCAGUUCAGUCAAAUGAAGGUGAACGUCAUUGCGCUAGCGAACGCCAUGUACAAGGUCCUUGGGCCGCCUACGCAAGGCAGAGUACAAGUCAGCAGUAUUGUCUCGGUAUAUGAAGACCUGCCGGAUUCUUGUAUCCUAGCCCUCGUGUCUCCUCCUUUGACCGCCCCUGUCUAUGAUACGACCCAGCGCUGCGAGCAGUAUAGCUUGACCCGCCAAGAUGAAUAUCAAUCCAUCCCCUUCACCAAAGCGGCCGACCCUGAGAAACGCGAUGAAGUCGUCGACGCAGUUGGUGCACCACGGGUGCCCUUCGCCCAUCUUAUCCCUGAUGCCUUCCGUGGACACUUCGUCGCUAUGCUCGGAGAGUUCGUCGGGACAGUGCUGUUCCUCUAUUUCGCACUCUCGGGAACCCAGGUUGCCAACAACAUCCCAUCGUCGUCCGGCUUGACGGUGAGCGAAAUUGGCGCUAACCCGCAGCAAUUGCAGUACAUCGCUCUAUGCUUUGGCUUUUCGCUGGCCGUCAACGCGUGGGUCUUCUUCCGUAUCAGUGGUGGGCUGUUUAACCCUGCCGUUACCGUCGGCAUGUGUCUUAUCGGUGCCCUACCCUGGUUCCGCGGCGCCCUCCUCUUCUUUGCACAAAUUAUAGCCGGGAUCGUGGCAUCGGCAUUAGUCUCCUGCAUGUUUCCUGGCCCCCUCACCGUCGCUACCAAGCUUGGGGGUGGUACAUCAAUCGCCCAAGGUCUCUUUAUCGAGAUGAUCCUGACGGCCCAACUGAUCUUCACGAUCUUCAUGCUGGCCGCUGAGAAACACAAGGGCACUUAUAUCGCUCCUGUCGGGAUUGGUCUCUCCCUCUUCGUAGCUGAGCUCACGGGAGUGUACUUCACUGGCGGCAGCCUCAACCCGGCACGAUCUUUCGGGCCGGCUGUGGUUGUCCAGAGCUUCGAGAGGUAUCAUUGGAUCUACUGGUUAGGCCCAAUGCUUGGCUCUCUCCUCGCUGCUGCGUUCUAUAAAUUUAUCAAGGCCCCGGAAUAUGAAACCGCCAACCCCAACAGCGAAGAGAACGACGAUGUCCGCCGUCCCACGAGCGAUGAGCAACGUCUCCAAGAGAGUAGACACUCCUACGAGGAGUUCGCGCACAAAUCUCAGAAUGGCGUUCCGGCUGUGGCUGUCAAUGGACAGACGGCGACCUCGCCCACGACUAAUGGACAAACUCCCAUGCGUUUGAGGCCUCAGGCUCAUACGAGGAAGCCUUCGGUGUUGCUGGAGGGCGAGCGUGGUCCUGUCGCUUUGCCUGAUGACGGGCUGCAUGGAGAGGAGGGUGCAGCUGCGGAUCAGUGGAACUCGGGGCGUGCUAUACGCAUGGGUGGUACGCGGAGGCCUAUUGCUCGGGGUGCCAGUUAUCAGGCUUAG